UUAUUCUUUCUAAUGUGUAUCUCUUAAAAAUAUGAUUUUGUCCUUUGUUUCGCAUUAAAUUGGGUAAUAAUAAAUAGAUAAAUAUACAUCUGUGAAACUAAUUUUUUGUACAGAGAAUAAAUUCAUAAAUUUAUCAAGAGAAAUUGACUGAAAGUUGUGUACUUAUGUGAAAAGAAAAAGGAACAAAAUUAAGAAAAGAAGACUGUUUUUCUUCCUUUUUUUUUGGUCGAAGCGAGUUUUAAACUCGCGCGCGAAAGUUGUCGCGAGCGGAAGUUCACGCGCGGAAGCGGAAGUUCAUGCGACAGCGAUGGUGGCGGCGACGACGGCGACGGACGACGACAACGGUGACGGAGACGACGGCCGCCAUUUUGUUCGCUCAUUGCAUCGCAAACGGAGGCGAGGUAGAGCGUGCAGCUGUGAGAGACAGUUAUUUCCACUCAGGGGGAAAAAAAGUGGCUUUCUAGCGGAGCCUUGGACGCCCUACACGCCCUUGUUUCUUUCUUCUCCCUCUUUUCCUUCUCUCAUCCCCCUUCCUUGCCCCGUGUGUCUCUUUCGCUCUUUUCUCUCGUUCCACGUCGAGCUGCGGUGCGAGCAGCAAGCCAGCGUUGAUGAUUGGGAUUCCGCGGGACGAUCGGCACAAAAUCACGGUCAAGAUCCGCAACAACAUGAAGAGGAGCUCGAGUCGCGACACCCCGCCUCCUCGUGUCAAGCGGAGCCGAUCUUCCAUGGGACGAUACGACGAUUCCAGUGACGAGCGGAUCAGCCCGGAGAGGAUUCGACGACGGAGUCGAGGGGCGAGAAGUCCCAGUCCACCUACGCGGGCGUCCUCCCAUGCCCGUUACGUCGAGUCCAGCUCGCACCGCGACGAGUACCUGCGGCCGUCGCGCGAUAUACCGCGUGAGCGACCUUACAGCUAUAAGGUGCUCUGCGUCAGCUCUAUACAUCCGAAGGCGAGUGACGAGGUGAUCAAGGACACGCUCUAUCGAGAGUACAAGAAAUUCGGCGAGUUCUCCAUUCAGAUAUCGCACGAGCCGGACGAGCGGGUGGCGUACGUGUGCUUCCGCAGCUCGGAGGAUGCGCGGGACGCAAAGCACGCGAAGCCGCGCAUCAUCAUGUACGACAAACUGGCUCUGGUGGAGCCGGUGUACGACCGAGCCGAGACCUACCGUCGCCCGCGUUCCAUUACGCCGCCGGACUACGAGCGAUACUACGCUCGCUCGCCGGGACCUACGGAUCGGCACCGGCCGCUCGAGAGGUACGAGCGAGUGUACGGGCCACCGGUAGGUCUGCCGCCGCAUCGCGAGAUGCGCCGCGAGACGAUACCGCCGCCGCAUCACGAGUUUGUCCGACCACCUAUACAUCCCCACGGACCGCCGCACGUUCACCCGGGACCGCCGCACCACUACGGACCGCCGCGGCAUAUGAUGAUGCGCCAUCCGGCACACGGAUUCGAGCGUGUCGAGAACAAGAAGGACAAGUUUCCCAAUUAUCUGCACCACGUGUCGCCGGAAGACGACCCUCUCGCGACCAGGACUCUGUUCGCCGGUAAUCUCGAGAUCAACAUCACGGAGGAGGAGCUGCGCCGUAUCUUCAGCAAGUACGGGAUUGUCGACGACAUCGACAUAAAGCGUCCGCCGCCUGGCACUGGCAACGCGUAUGCCUUUGUGCGCUUUCAAACGCUGGACAUGGCACAUCGAUGCAAGGUGGAACUGUCCGGGCAGUACAUUGGCAAAUUUCAGUGCAAAAUCGGCUACGGUAAAGCGACGCCGACCACCCGGAUAUGGGUAGGUGGUCUCGGGCCAUGGACUUCCGUGCCGCAGCUCGAACGUGAGUUCGAUCGAUUUGGCGCGAUAAAGAAAAUUGACUACAUCAAGGGCGACAGCAAUGCCUACAUUCUUUACGACUCGAUUGACGCCGCGCAGGCAGCAGUCAAGGAGAUGCGCGGUUUCCCCCUGGGCGGGCCUGAUCGCAGACUGAGAGUGGACUUCGCCGACGUGACCCCGGGCUUCAGCUUCAAGCCCAGAUCGUAUCCCGAGGACAGCGGCGACUUCCGACCACGUCCGGUUGACUACGAGGCGCCAUACGAUCCCUACGGACCGGACGGCGAGUUCGGCUACGGGCCGAGGGGCUUCCGGGGCGGUAGAGGCAAUGCCCCGUGGCACGAUAGGCGAGGGAAUGCUCGCGGCGGCUACCGAGGCUCAUAUCCCGAGGGCUACACGCGCGACGAGGCUGACUGGCCAGCCAAUAGAAGACCACCCCCCGAGAUGGAAUACGAGGCGCCGCGCGGCCUAAGGAGAUCGCUCUCGCGCGAGCCAGGAGUCGACAGAUCGAGAUCGCGCUCGCCACGCCGACGGCAGAUGGACUCGGACUCGGAUUCGGAGAACGCUCGCAGCGGAAUGCUGUCGACGUCUCGCACGCUCCCGGACGUUGCCCGCAAGUCGAUCGCCGUCUGGCAGGGAGCGUUGAUAUUAAAGAACUCGUUGUUCCCGGCUAAAUUCCAUUUGACCGACGGCGAGACGGAGAUAAUCGAUUCUCUGAUGAAAGACGAGGAGGGCAAGCACAUGUUGCGCAUCACGCAACGGUUACGUCUCGAUCAGCCGAAACUGGACGAUGUUUCUAAACGGAUUCAAACGUCAAGCUCGCACGCUAUCUUCCUCGGUCUGGCCGGCUCGAGCACCGCAAUCACGAAUGAUGAUGCGAAUGUGCAGACCCGGCCAUUGCGAAACCUGGUCUCCUAUCUUAAGCAGAAGGAAGCUGCUGGUGUCAUAUCGUUACUGAACAAAGACACGGAGGGCACCGGCGUGCUCUACGCCUUCCCACCCUGUGCGUUCUCGACGGAACUUUUGAAACGCACGUGUCCCAGCUUGAGCGAAGAGAGUCUUAAAGAGGACCAUCUGGUGAUCGUGGUAGUCAAGGGGGGUAGCGCCUAAGAAAAUCCUAAUAUCUCGUGUCCGUAUUUUCUAUAUCGUAAGUGCGAAGAUUCUUCGAUCCAUGCAAUCUUUAAGGAACUUUUUUCUACCCCGAUCAUUUAGCGAAGAGCGUUACUUCUUCGAAGAUGGAUCGAACGAAAAGUACGACGUUCUACAGCCAAAAAACUGUGAAGUGGGGAGAAUUUAAUUUUCCUCCAUAUGCAAUAUUUAACACCGCAAAUCUGCAUUUUAUGCUGCAUCUAGACGCAGUCUGAUAUGUAGAGAUUUGUGGCGGUGGUAAAUAUUUUAUGUGGAAGAGAAAUUGAAAAUUUUUUCUCGUUUCACAGUUUUUCAGGUAUCAGAUUGUAUAAACGAAUAAUUAUGAAUUGUUAACGUUGAAAAUGACGUACCUUUUGUUCAGUUCAUUUUCAAAGAUACGUUUCUUUCGUCGAAACGAUUGUGGUGGACAAGCCUCUUAAACUGCUGAACAAUGUACAGAACUUGUGAGAAGGAGAACUUGUGUUUUUUGAUCGAUGUAAGUAUUUUGUUUUCUACUGGCUUCCACAAGUAUGGAUUAAUCUCAUACGAUUAUAGACAGAAUUGUAAUGUGUAUCGUAACUCUUUGAUACUUUUUUUUAUACGGAUGUGUACAUUGCAUUGAUAUGGGAACGCGUCUGAAGUGUAUUAACGUUACAUUCUACAAUCAAACAUGUGAUAAGAGCCCGCAUUGCCUGAUGGUCGAUUCGAGUUUAUGGGAUCGGUUAGAUUUGCAAAAAAAUUCUGCGAAUCUGUACGCCUACGCGUAAAUCCCGUUCAAAGUAAGGCGAUACGCGCUUUUAUUGCGCAUUAUUAUAAAGACUUGACCCUUGUAUAGUUGUUAAACUUAAUGAUGAACGAGAGUGAUACAGUUUUGAAAUAUUACUGAAAGACAUUGUGUUUGCUUGUGUAUAGAAAUCCUUGAUUUGUGAUAUAUUUUUCCAGAAUUAUGACUACUUCUCCAUAAAAUGCACAUCAUCGACGUUACUGCUAACGCUGACAAAUUAGAGUACUUAUUUUCUAUCAAAAAACACAACUUUGGUACCGUUAGUGAACUAGUGAGUUAGAUUUAUCAGGUAGCAGCGAUUACCAAAUGGUAAAGUUUCUAUGGGCAACAGCGUUAUCGACUAUACUGGAUAUUAUAAUUACUACAAAUAUUAUAAUCCUCAUUACAAGUGAUGCUAUAAUUACUUUAAGUGUGUAGUAUAAGAAUCUAUUUGUAUUAUAUACAUAUAUACAUUAUAUAGCUAUACGUACAUAUUGAUAACGAUUGUGCACAGUUCUUUCACAUUUACAGACUCUUUUCUCUUUUGGUCAAUGCAAAAUUAUGUCUUCUCAAGACAGGUACAUGUGUAUGUGUGUAUGUGUAUGUGCGUGCACAUAAAAUAAUUAUACACAUGAUGAAUAUUUUACUUUUAAAUUAGUGCAACUGAAAAGGAGAAUUUUUUGUAUAAUUGUAAAUUUUAAAAAUAUCAUGUCUUAGAUCCGUUUAUAUUUUUAUUUUUAAGUAAAAUUAUAUUUUACUUAAGAGGAUAUAUCCUGUUUGUGAAAGUAAAGUACUUCCAAGUACAACAAACAUGUUGUGUAGCAACUCUGUAAUGAUACGAGAACACAUACAUUGUAAAGAAAAGAACUAGAUAACUCCUGUAAAAUCUGAAUGGUAAAAAAAUGUGAAAGGUCUGGGUUAGAACAUAUUUGUAAUGGAAAAAAUUUAUAUAAUUAACAUUUCUAUUAAUUUCUGUAGAUUUCUUUUUGUGUGCAUAACAUUUAAGUGAUUGUGCAGUAAGUAAAAUCCGUGAAUAAUAUAGUUACGACAAAGUUUUUAAAGUUUGGACUGUGCCCAAGAGAGUGAAGACAGUGAGGAAAAGGAAAAGAGAGAGCAAAUCCAGGAAGAGAGACAGAAAUCUGUUUACUGCAAAAAUAAAAGUUUAUUGCAUCUGUGUUUUUAUAAUGUCGACAGCAGUUUAUUUCUUUUUCAGUGAGGACUGGUUUCCUUUCGUCUUCUAAAGGACAGUGUUUGGUGGUAUUAACAAAACGAAAAAUGAGCUCUGAGCAUGUGUCUAGUGAAAA